ACGAUCAGACGAACACCUACAUAUGUAUUUCAAAAAUUCAAAAUAAUACAAAAUGGAAAAGAAAAGUAGCGACUUUGUCCCUGUUUGUGAUGAUUUAAAUACCGUUUAUCCAAGUUCUAGUGCCAAUGCAAUCGCCAGGUAUGGAGAAAUAAAGAAGAAGUUUGAUUCUUUAUUUGGUGUUUCUCCAUUGUUCUACUGUCGAGCUCCAGGAAGAGUCAAUAUCAUUGGUGAACACAUUGAUUACUGUGGUUAUGGAGUUUUACCAAUGGCUAUAGAACAGGAUAUUAUCAUCGCUGUUGCUCCUAAUCAUGAUGGGAAAAUUGUGUUGUGCAAUUUAGAUGAAAAAUUUAAACGUUUUGAAGUUGGUACUAAAGAUUACGUAAUUGAUGGUAAAGAAUGGUAUCAUUAUUUUCUUUGUGGUUAUAAGGGAAUUGUUGACCACCUUAAUUUAGAACAUCCAAUCGGCAUGAACAUACUGGUUGAUGGAAAUGUACCCAAAAAUGCUGGACUAUCAAGCUCGUCUGCGUUUGUUUGCUGUUCUGGUUUAGCAACGAUGCACGCCAAUGGUGGUAAACUUAGCAAGGUUGAAAUUGCUGAGGUUUGUACGAAGUGCGAACGCUAUAUUGGCACUGAGGGUGGUGGCAUGGAUCAAGCUUGCUCGUUUUUGGCAGGAUUUGGAACGGCGAAACACAUUGAAUUUGAUCCUCUUCGUUAUAAAGAUAUCACCAUUCCUGAUGGAGUUGUAUUUGUAAUCGCAAAUAGUUUGGUGGAGAUGAACAAAUCAAAAACUGCCGGAACGCAUUUCAAUGUCCGUGUGGUAGAAUGUCGCACAGCAGCAAAGAUUUUAGCGAAAAAGAAAGAUAUCGACUGGAGAUCUGUUAGAAAACUUGCUCAAGUUCAAGAGAAGCUGAAAGUCUCGUUAGAGAAAAUGUUGGAAUUUGUUAAGGAAAUCUUUCACAACAAACCUUAUACGCGAGAGGAAAUAUGCGGAAUACUGGAAAUUAGUGACCAGGAGUUUAUCAAAGAAUGUUUGAGUGAAUCAACAACACAUGUGAGUAGUUUCAAGCUACACGACAGAGCUAAACAUGUUUACAGUGAGGCGAAAAGAGUUCUAGGAUUUCGCGAAGUUUGUGAGAAUAAACCUGACGACGCUGUCAAGUCUCUGGGAACUUUAAUGAAUGAAAGUCACGACAGCUGUAGUUCACAAUACCAGUGUAGCUGUGAAGAACUGGACGAACUCGUCGCUAUCUGCAGGUCUGCAGGGGCUCUUGGAUCUCGUCUCACUGGAGCUGGUUGGGGAGGAUGUACUGUUUCCAUGGUACCCAUUGAUCGACUUGAUGCUUUCCUAAAAAAAGUACGCUCUGAGUAUUACAGUAACGAUCCAGCUAAGAUGGCAGUGAUAGAUCAGAGUUUGUUUGCAACGUCACCAGGCGGUGGUGCUGCUGUUCUCACUUCAAAAUCCGUGAACUAAAAGGAUUGUUUUGAUAUGUUGAAAUGAUUAAGAGGAGAUAUUUUUCUCUGUCGCGUAAUAUAUGCUCAGAACCUCAGUUAUAUCUUCAUGC